AUGAGAGGUUAUGUCAGCGUAAUCUGCCUGAAUCUGCUGGUCUGUGUUCUCUUCGUCGAAGCUUUAAAAUGUGGUAUGAAUAUUUGUUCUUUUCUCUAAAAAACUGGAAUACCUUAUUUUUGCUUACACACUGUGCCACCGACAGAUAUAGUUAGAGACGCCAUUUGAGCUCUGCGUAUGAUUAUUUAGACUCGUGAAAACGUGUCCUUUUAAAGGUUUACUUAAUAACUGCAUCAGGAAAAAGUGUUUUUACCAGAACCUAGUAAAGGGAAAACAGGUUUUUAAUCUAAAUAUAUAAUGUACUUGUUAAGAGCAAAAUAGGUCGGUAAAUUUGACGAUUUAGGCGUUCGUCGCCUUGUUGGUAUAUGGUGUGUAGGGGUAGUUUUUAGAUGCUGAAGACGCUAUCGUUUGUCUAGAUGAAGCAUAGACGGGCGCUGAAUAAAAAUUUAAGAUUUUUGAAGGCUUAUUUGAAGUGACUCUGGAACGUGAACUGGGUGGCGUAACUCAUGAAAUAUCAGCGGCAAUUCCGAAACGCGUUCUCAUUAAAGAAAGAUUUCUUACGUGGAAUUGUAAUAAUGAUGAACUUGUGGCGUAAAAUCGUGACGUUGUUGUCAUGUGGGGACGCUGGCUCUUUAAUGCGCCUCUUUCAGCCCACAUUCAGUUAAAAAUGACUGCGUACGUAGUGUGCAUGUUUUCUGAUGAUUUUUCAUGUCUAUAUAUACUCGGACACACCUUAUGGAGAAUGUGAGGAAGUAUGGUUCCUGAUAUUCAUACUGUAGUAGGCUACGUCUUCUUACAAAUUCAUUUUCUAGGAAAGGUUAUCCUUAAGUUUUAAAAAAUCCCAUUCCUGGAAUAUUUUAAACCAUAAAGCUCUCAAACUACAGACUGUGCACUUUCCGCGUAGGGAAAAUCAUACGUCCGUUUAUGAUCCUGAAAUGUUUCAAUCAAUAGAAGGUAACUGUAAACUGAAAUACACGGCAAUAUUUUAAUGGACAUUUCAGAAUCCUAAAAGUUAUAUUAUUACAAACUUUUACUCUGAAAUAUACCGUUUCUUUGGAUAAUAAUUUAAAUAAAACGCUAAUUGCUAACAUAUGACUAUGAGAAACGAUGUUUUUGUGCAUUUUUAUAAAAAUAUUUUUAUAUAUGUUAGGGAAUAUAAAAUCAACGGAAAACGUCUUAAUGCUUAAGUGGUUAUUUUAUAAUCCGACGUGAUUUUCUGCAGGCGACCGAAAAAUAGAGCACUCAAAAGUUGUCAUGUUGGCGUAAAUGAUUUAUCAUACGACUUUGCCGCAUAAUCAUCAUUAUUAAAACCACUCCUAAGUAACCCCUUUAAGAUGGAAACAAAUUCCAAAAUUUUAGCUGAGUUUAACAAUAUACGCUACCUUCUGCAAUCUUGUUUAUAAAUUCUUUUGUUAAGGAACACUAGUUCUACUUUGUGUAUUACCUCGAGAAAAAUCGAUCUACUGAAUGCAUCUAAAGGGUUAAUGUUUACAUAACAAUCAAGUGAUUAACCAAAACAGUAAUUCAAAACUGCCUUGAUUUUCCCCAGUUAGUUUGAUAAGAGUGCUUCUAUUUGGCAGUUACAACCUAAUUAUCACUAAAAAAAGUUCGAGUUCGGUCUCCGGGACACCCAAACCCGGUGUUGGACAACGGCAAACUGGAGGUAAUUCCUUAGUCAGAGAUUGCUAAUCUAGUCUUUUACCCUUGUCGGUAUUUGUCAUGCAUAGUAUCUUGCCGCUAUGCGAAUGAAAGUAAGGACUAUAGACUGAGCUCUAAGUCAUAAGAGGGGAUCAUGUACCGCAGCUUUAUCGGUGGGCAACCUCCCCGCAUUAAUUUUUUAUGUUUGUUCAUUGAAGUUUCACUGAGAGGACAAACCCCGGUGCAACCGCCCUAAGAUUCAGUAGAUUUAGACCUCGCCUUUUCAACUGUGUCGGGAAAAAAUGCUGCCCCCGAGGUAGUUAAAGCAUUUUCAAUACCUAUUUAAUGCAAGGGCAAACAAAUAAAUCCGACUGUUCUCAAAGCCUGCAUCUUAGUCAUUUGCUUAAGCCAUCUAAACAGGCCGUAUAUCUUUGCAUCUGCAAUAGCCCUAUUAAAUGGAUAUUUAAACUAAGAUGUGAGUUUUUAAAUUUACUCUAAGAAUGACAAUAUUAGCCUGUAUUUUGCUUUUAUCGAAACACUUAGAUACAUUCGAAAGUCAGCAAUUGAGAUGCAUAUUCAUACUGCGAAAUAACCGCCUUUGGUCAGCUUUGGUAAUUCUUGAUACCAGUAGUAUCGACAACGAUUUAGAUGACGCCGUUGCGGACAACAGCAUCCACCACUUCCCCAAAACGUUGACACAACAGCAGCAGCAGCAGCAGUUUAUGCGCGAAUGCGUGCUGCAGCUGACCUAAUCACUUCGCGCAUUCUCAUUAUGCCCCAUAGUAUGACGACCAAGAUUGGGCUCGGUUAUAGUGAUCAUAAAAUCUAAACUACACGUCUACGAGUGCUACGUCUAGUCCCAACUGCACAAGUAACAAGCUUCCUUCGGAAAUAAGGUCCUCGGAGUUCGUCCAAAAAUGUGUUACAAAGGCUUCCAUUAUGAAUCAUUACAGUCUGGCCAUCAGCUUUAUGCAAGAUCAAGUUAAAGCACCGACUGGUUACCUUUCAAGUUAGGAAUACUAACGAAACUUGGAAGAUUCAUGUGAGUCAGAUUUAUUGUAGUGGAGAAUGGAGGUAAGAAGUUCUGAAAGCGUGUGGUAUGCCAGUAUCAACAAACCAUGGCCUUCCAAUCCUGGUAUGCGCUGGCAGUUCCCUAACACCUGGUUCCCUACCGGUAAAUACGCUUGCGCUCCCGCUGGGUAUGCAGGUGAUGGCCAUGGCUGCCCAGUCAUCCUCGUUCUUCUGACCCCCGUUGGGGUGUUGUUUUUGUUGUCGUUGUUGAUAGAAAGUCCUGGUCAAGUGUAUUUUUUGAAUCAGAUGGUGUGGCGGCACGCCUAGGUGCGGGUCCGGCCGCGCCAGCCACCUGCGACCUCCCCUGUCCUUGGUCUUCUUGAUUCUGUCUCGACACCGGCUCCAGGUUGGAAAUGAUGAAGAGGGAGUGCAGUAGAUGCGUCGCAAGUCUACCGUCAUUAUAAGCUAAUUCACGUGCAAAUCAUUGUGACCGCUGCACUUUUCGGUGUAGAACCCGGUGGACAUUGCUGGAAUCGACGGUCGAACUAUGUAGUGGACAAUGCGCUGAUCUGCCGUGGGAAGGGAUCUCCAAAUAUCUACGUACGCUUUCUGCCCAUGUAUGUGGGCCGUUUGAGUUGCGCUCAUUAGUGUGACAUGUGGCCUCCGUAACGGACCGCACGGUUGACGUGCUGGAGCACAGCAGUGGUCUGUUAGGCUCACGAUACGCGUUAACCGGACUCCGUACAAUCUGCAAGAGCCCAUAACCACUGCCGUACAUGUGGGAUGUGAUAAUACGCCCAGGCAAAGGCUUUGUGAUGCGCCAGACACAGCACCCAAACUGACCAGGAAAAACUGGCUAAGACAAAGAAAUUGUGCCAGGGAGAGUAAAGAAUAAGGUCGACUCUGGAGACCUCUUUCCUACAAUAUUUCAGAGCUCAGGACUGAGAACGGAUAUAGAGAGUUAGGUCGACGUCAUUGCGCAUUUUACUCACCAUAAGCAAUCUGACGCUCUUUUAAACUUUCACAGUGCGGUCAGAUUUGUGGCUUGGAAGGCUGCAAAUUGGCAGGAUAACUAGGACCUCUUCUCCGGACAAAGAGUCGGGCUGCAACAGCCCUACCCGAAUGUUGCAUCUAUGGCACUCUCUGGCAGUUGGGAUCCAGGAUCCCCUUGUUACUGCGGAACCCUGAUCCUUUUUGAACGGAGCAAGCGUGUUUGGCACGCGAAGACAGGCUGUUUAGUCUUGCCAGUCGCUGCUUCCGUGCACAACUCCGGACUCCCUGACUCUGUCUCGAUGCCGGACUCAGGUGGGCGAGGAAGUAAAGAUUGUGGUACACGCCGCACACUUCAAGCAUCACUAUAAAUUUGCCGAGGUGCGACAGUUGACAAACAAGGAUUUCUAAAUCGCGAGUCAAAUAGCACAUAAUUAUUGGACAAACUUAACAUCAGUAAGAGAGAGCGUAAAAACGAAUUGGAAGGUAAAUGCAACAAGCCACAAACUAAUUCACGUGGAAAGUACCGUUCCUGCGCCAACCUUGCCGUGGGGCACACGGAGACAUCAUCGCGUAAGAUGGUCAAACUGUCGGACCGCGGACAAGACGCUUACACUGUAAUAUCUGGGUACUUACAUUUUUAAGGAUGGAUUCCAUGGAUUAGCAUUUGAUGGUUCGCAGACCAGUCGUUCUUUGAGCAGAAGCGGUUGUUUAAAUAGUACUUUUACUUUUUAUUUGUUCUUUUAUUUUUGCGGAAAUAAACAGCCUGUGGGAUUUUAGUCUUGUAGCAUAUAUUUAAGGAUUGAAAUAUUGAUGUGCGUUCUUGUAGGAGACACAAAAGUUGAUAUAUUACUUUGAGAGAACAUUAGUUAAGAAAGACGGAAGUCCAUGACAAUUUAUUAUGUUGGAUGGCGUAUUUCCUCCUACAUUUUGCUCUUUGAUUUUCAUUCCUACCCUUGGAAAACAAAGUUUACACAGAAACUCCAUUCACCCGGUUUAACAAUCCAAUUAUUAUUUAGCAAAGAGUUUACCCAAUUGAGGCUGACUACUGUUUGCUUUGACAAAAGAUUGAUCUCGCCAAAGAUUUCCUUCCAAAUAAAUGACGUAUUACUUUAUGAAAAACUAAAACAUACGAAGUCCUCAUCUUUUUGUACGCUUUCGGUGGCGACGGAUGACGUAGAGGGUUGUGGGAGCUAAGCUGAAAUGUUACACUACACCAUGGUCCAUGAUCACCGCAGUAGCAAAUACGGCUAUUUUCCUAGUGCUAAAUGAUAAAGGGGUUUACUUAAUCACUAGGUACCUGCUUGAAGUGCAAGAAGACUUUGUAAAUCUAGCAAUGUCAUAAUUUGAAUUAACAUCCAGAUAUCAAUUAGUAAAUCGCAGCUCUGAUAAUGGGCACAAGCGAAUCUCAUCUAAACAGACCCUUUCCGAUAUCACAGAGGCAAAACCUUCUUAUUAGCGAUGUUCUGUUAUUUAGACAAAUAGGCGCGAAUCGCUCGUAGGCUUCAUGUUUUCUCCUUUACCAAAAGUUAAGAUAAUUCGACACUAUCUUCAAUAAAAUGAGAAAUCAUCGGGUUUCUUGUAACAGAUGCUUUGUACCUCAAACUCAGCUCGUAGAUUUUGGAUGCCUUAUCGACAACUUAGCUAUAUGGCUAAAAAAUUCAGGGCAAAACCUAUUGGACUACAAUUUUAACGUUCUUGGUAAAAUCACAUGAGGAUUUCCUGCGCUGCUACAACCUUAUUUGGUUUUAGCAUUUCCUGCCAAGCCUGUUAUCAGCGUAGGUUUGUAUGUAGCGGUGAAAGAUAGUCGCGUUUCUCAAAGUAAAUUGCGUCAGAGUGCCUGAGGUUUUGUGGCCCUACAAUGGUCCUACAGUUGGCGCAACAACAGUGCCUGGCUGACAGGGGGCGUCACCUUGCACCGACUUGCCUCUGCGCUAGCAACAGUCGGAGGAAAUGAGCGACCUGAAACCUGCCAAAACAAUGAUGCCUGCGUGGUGAGUCAUCAGAGCACAUUCGGUUUGUAUCAAACGCAUUGUAAGCUGGCCCUGAGGUUGCAAAAUGUUGCCGAUGCCAACCGGUUCUCUUGCUCGAGCAAUAUACGCGUGCUGAAUGGAUAGAGAACGCGACGAGUCAUCAAAUCAUUUCGUGACUAAUAAUUCAGUACUCUGGGGACUGCUAACAGUGACAGGUCAACAGCCAGAAGUACGCGUAAUUAAUUUCCUUUCGCUUGUUCUAACACGAAUAGGGUGUAAAAGUUGGGACGUGAGCGUCGUCAGCCGUAAGGCUCUCAAAAAGCACUGGCAUUAUUGUCCAUUGAUUUGUUCUUGUGGGAGGUGUAAUUGAGUAACAUUUGCUUUUUGGGAAUUUUGCAGGAGGUAACAAAUGUGAAUCAAAAAGCGGAUUUUGGUACUCCACAAGUUGUUGCGGAACAAACAACAAUAAAUGCUGUUAUGAAAGAAGGUAAGAUUAUUGCUUUCCGUUGAUCCCUGUAAAAUGUUCUUUAAUUUUCUGCACCUUAACGAAAAGUAUGGACGCUAAGGCCAAACAAAUAUUUUGCUGGACAAGAUUACAGUGAGUGACCUAUCUCAUGAAAUGUUGGCUGAAAUUCUGAAAUACAUCUUCGAUUAGGAAGGAUUACUUGGUCGCGGUUGUAAUACUGAUUAUCAUACGGCAUAAUCUUAUAACGUUUCCGACUCGGCAGAAUGUCAGCUUUUGCAUACACUGCUCGUCAAUCGGCUGCAGGAACCGUGCUAAUUAAAAAUUGACUACUUAAGUGGCAUGCGUUUUUUCCUUUGAUUUUCGAUGGUCUUGCAUAUUCAAAUAUUUCUUAUAGAAACCAUAAACAAAACGUGCUUUCCUUCAGCCAAUUAAUAGAGAAUCACGUUUUCUUUAUAUUUUAUACUCAAGGAAGGAAUAUAAUUAGGUUUUAAAAAAGUUUUCUAAUUGCCAUAUAAUUUGGAGCCUGAUCAUUCGUUGCAUUGGCCCUUAACUAUUUCAGUCUACAAGGUGCAUGCGUUCCGCGUACAGAAAAGCACAUACUCUUCUAUGCCAUUAAAAAGACGACAUACAGUGUCCACAAAAUUUUGCAAUGGAUGCGGACUAUGUUGUACAUUUCAUGAGGAGUAGUGGUAAACGAACAGGUAUUAUGCUAUGUUAAUGGGCAUUGCGCGGUCUUAAAAAAUCUCAUAAUUAGAAACAAUUUUAAAACCUAAUUAUAUUCCUUCCUUGAGUAUAAAAUAUAAAGGAAACGUGAUUUUCUGUUAACUGACUGAACGAAAGCAUGUAUGGUUUAUGGUUUCUAUAAGAAAUAUUUGAAUAUGCAAGACCAUCGAAAAUCAAAGGGGAAAAACGCAUGCCACUUAAGUAGUCAAUUUUUAACCAGCACGGUUCCUGCAGCAGAUUGACGAGCAGUGCAUUCAAAAGCUGACAUCCUGUCGAGUCCAAAUGUUAUAAAAAUAUGCCGUAUGAUAGUCAGUAUUACAACCGCGACCAAGUAAUCCUUCCUAAUCGAAGAUGUAUUUCAGAAUUUCAGCCAACAUUUCAUGAGAUCGGUCGCUCACUGUUACUUCGAAUUUUUGCCGGCAAAAGUAUACUUACCGUCUUCGUAAUAGUAUAAGUUUGGGUCGAAAUAGAAAUUCCAAUCUUCCUUACUGAAUACGCACAGGAGUUUGUUUGACUAGCAAUAAACCAGUUUGUAGGACGAUUUUCAAGUUAAAAAAGAUAAACUGCCUAUGCGUGAGCAAGUAAUUACCGAAGUUAGGGAAAAUAUAAUAGUAACCGAGCAACAGAUAAAAAUGAAAAUUUAUAAAUUGAGGCAAGGUGCACAAUUACGUCUGCUUUGCUUCGCAGUAGCCAUUAUCGGACAAUAAAAAAGACGUAAAUUUCUGCUCCUUUCAUUUAAAACCCUGCGUUUUAUUGGUUAAAAGCCCAAAAAGUCGACUAAUGGAAGUCGACCAGCCAAACUGAAAGCGAUUUCGCAUGACGUCCACGGAUUCUUAUUUCUAUAGGAUUGAAGAAAUGACCAAAAGUUUAUGUCGAUAUUCAGGAAACAUCGAUUAUGACUUAGUUGCAGUAGAUAAUAAGGUACGCUAAACAAUUCUAGGUGAAAUUAUAUGCUGCGAGCUACUGAACUUUUAGUCUCAAUGAAUACCGUACGCUAGUGCGACCAUUCUCAUGUUCUCAGGUAUAUGCUAAGUUAACUAUGUCCCCAAAAAUAAUUUACAAAAAUGACUUUUUAGAACUCUUGCUGCUUCAAAGAGAGUUUUUUGGGAACCUAAACUUUCAAAAAGUAGCUGCCACAACAAUGGAAUAGGGUGAUUCAAAGACGUUUCGAAAUGCCUUGGUGAAGAGAUCUUAUCAACGCUUGCAGAUUUUUAGGUCUUCUUAUGAAGCAUAGUCGUAUUCAGCCGCAUGUAGACGUUAAGUUACAUAAAAUUUUAGAAGAUUGUGAAAAUCAGCUGAGGCCAAAUUCACAUCAGGCAACAUGCCGUCCCCACUUACAUUCAGACGCAACCAAAUUUCAAGUUGUGAAAUUUGCGGAAUUUUCUAAAAUCUCAUUUAUCUGUAUUUUUUAUACAACAUGCGAAGUGUUUCCUUUACCAUAGAGCGAUAUUAAAAAUGGAAUUCUUGCGAGGUAUUUCAGAUAGAACAGACAGAACAUACAGAGGCAUUUGAAAACGAGGGGGACGUAUAUGUUGGCAACAUGCUUGCAGAGGCUAAUUAUUAACCGUCGUUUUUGAAAAACCACCAGUGCGUCCGUACACUUGCAUAUAUGAGAUUGAGUAUAAAUGAUAUCUAGGUAAAAGAAGAAAUUCCAGUAGGAAUGCAGGGACAAAGUGGAGAUCGUAAAGCCAAUGCCUCUGCGGUCGCAAGUAUUCGCUGACUCAGGAAGUUGGAGUGUCCCGCCGAUACUUUGUAGAUGACUCGGAAUGCUUGAUUGACCUCUACCCUGUAGCCGCUGUCAACCAAGUAAGCCACAAUUGCGCUAUAGAUGGACUUUUCCCCACCUUGGCUUAGCCAGGCGGGAUGGUGCUCUCGCAUCCUCUUGGAUAAACGCCUAGUUGUUCGACCAAUAUAACCUGUCCCACAAGAGCAAGUGAAGACGUAGAUGCACAUUAAAGAGGUCUGAAAAGUCAGUCUGUCCUUGCCUUUAAGGCGAAGAAACGGAGAGCUUGCGAAAAGCAAUCUUAUCUUAGCGGCUGGAUGAGUGCGCACGACAGCAGCAUUUAAGCGACGAUGUAGGAAUUCGCUUACCGGAUCCCCUUGAAAUUGCAGUAUGAUAAAUAAUUCCUUCUCAGCCGUCUGCACAUUAGAUUUUUGAGAGCAUUCUUCCAUGUAUUUAUUGACAAACUUUUCAGGGUAGUCGUUUUCUCUCAGACUGUUUCGUAGGUUGACGAGUACAGUCUCAAGCCUAUCUGGUGUGCAGAUUCUCCUAGUUCGCUUGAUAAGGCAGCGCACUAAGUUUUGUUUCUGGUUGAGCGGGCUAAAACUGUAAAAAUUCGUGCACUCCCCUGCCCAUUUUUCUUGUGAGAUGCACUUCUGCUUAAUGUUUCAUCCGACAUUCGAUUAAGUAGAACAUCAAGAAAGGGUAGGCACUCUCUGUUCUCUUUUUCCAAGAUGAAGGUUAAGGCUGGGUGAGCCUGAUUCACUUUAUAUAGGGAGCUGUUCCAAUUAAGCGUUUCAUCCGUUUUUACGAAAAUGACAUCAACAUAUUGGGCAUAGGAAUAAAGGUCCUUUAUCAUUAGAGACAGCUAGGUUUUCUUUAGUUUUUCCAAGAAUACAUCAGUUAUUAGUGGUUCAGAGAGUGAUCCCAUCGCUACGCCGUUGAUUUGGCGGUAAAAUUGGUCAUCCAAUCUGAAUUGGACGUUACGUCUUUGUUCAUGAACAUUCCUAUUACUGAAACCAAAUAAUUUUUAUGCGCUGAGAUUGUGAGGCUGGAUUUCUUAGUCAGAAUCCCGGUCGGAGACCUACAGGAAUUGCUCUUUCGCAACACACCAAAUGUACAAUUCAGAUUGGAUGGCCAAUUUUACCGCCAAAUGGACGGCGUAGCGAUGGGAUCGCUCUUUCUAUUACUGUACAGGUCUCAUGAUGAAUAAUCGAAAGCGUACAUGAGUUUGCCGACUGGACUUCUUACUUGAAUUUUAUUUUCUUUAAAUAAGAAUACUGUUUUCUCUUAAUGUCACUAGGAGACGCCGUUCUGGUUGCCGUAUCAUAUUGAGAUACAUGUCUUAUAAUAAUUGGCGUCUCUUUCAAACUAUUUUUAUUUAAAACAGAACUUACAAUAGACUUCUUAAAAGUGUAUAAUUCGCAUUUUUCAAGUAUAUCUACGUCCCUUAUUCGAAUGCUAACGGUCCUGAUCAAGAAAUUUCUUAUACUGCUACCAUAAGUCAUUAAAUUGCGUUGGGUCCUUUUAAGUAAUAGUAAUAUCUCUGUGUUAUAUGAUUUGUCGCUCAAGUGAAGCAGGCAUGCAAGUGAAAUUUAUCUCUACAAAAUUAUCAGAUGGCUGUCAAUGUUUCGACUUGACACAGAUUGCCCUUUUUGUCGGAAAUGCGUUUAAGGUCCUCGUUUGAUCAUUCGUUAAUCUCGCCACACGCUGCAUUUAACUCGUCGAUGCAUAACAAGCUGUUGCGCACUUCAUUUUCGUUAGUACUAGUAGCAUACACAUGAAAUAUGCAAUAUUAUCUGAUCUUGGAUGGAAAAUGUGCACAACGGAGGAAAAAAUACGUGCUUGUUGACGGCGGCGUUGAUGGAGAGCACAUGGGUGUGACACAGCUACCGGACGCAUGGAAAAAUCUGGAGCGUUUACUGCCGCCAUUGAGAGCUAAGAGUAUGACGACUUCUACACUAGACAGACGGGAAUCCAGGUCCACGUUGAAACAAACGAGCCACGUACGCUGCAGUUCUACCCACCCUCAGCAAUCUCAGCGUUCCAGUUGUCGUACUCAACUAGCACAAGCAGCUUAUUCUAGGCACAAGUUAGACGUUUACCUCCCCCCAAUCAUCUCAUAUAAAUAAAAAACUUAGAGCAAAGUGCCAGUUUAUGGCCUUAUUUAGUCGUUUAAGCCGAUGUUUACUCCCGAAUGACCUUAAAAAUCUCUUGUUCAAUAUCCACAGGUGUAUUCUGUUGAACUUUCUAAUGCAAAUUACGGCCCUUGGUGUUGUUAUAAUAGCUGGAAACAUGAAAGCUUAGUUUCUUAAAUUUUAUUCGACUGGAUUCCUUAAAAAGCCACCAUACGAAACUAAUUAUUUUGAUUCGGUUAUAAUACCUGGAAAUAUAGAAAGUCAUGUUAGGUUAUCUGUUAUUAAUUGUCAUACUGAUUUUUGCUUAAAAAUCUUUCCAAACACUAGUAUCUAUCUCAUUGGCAACAACCGCUAUUGAAUAGUGUGCAUACUCCAUCAAAACUUUGGGAUUCAUAUGCUUAUGGUAUAUUUUUGGAAGAAAUGAGGCAACACAGUAAAUUAUCGGAGCUUUUGUUUAAGAAAUUAUAUCCUCAAGUCCAACAUUGGAAAGAAGAAUAUAUGUCGCUUUGAAAGCAUUCGAAAAGUCAGAUAGUCUUGUUAAGUAUAUUCUAAUGUGUGAUAUCCCACGAAACCUGUGAGUUCUAGACCAAAGUACCUAAAUAUGACAUGGAAAUGGACACUCGUCAAUUCGCCGACUUUCGAAUCAGAGCGGAUAGACUUCGGGAAGCCUAUGAAUGUGUACCUAUUCGUGUACGCAUAUAUAGCCGAUCUGCACCGACAGAGAGCCUUACGUGGCAAGACACUGGUGAUAUUCAGUUUGAGAAGGAGUGUGUGCAGCCUCUCACACAUCCUAUGCUGUGCAGCAUUCGUGUUUUGUAUAUGUGUGGUUCCUAAUCUUAUGUUUCUGGUCCAGAUGGUGUUAAGCGUAUUUGAAAGCAGUCGCCUGGGCAUUAGGGCAAGUCGCCUUUCAAAUUGGGAAGAGAUGGCCUGCUCAAUUUUGCCAGUAGAAAUGCGCAAUUUGCAAAUUCUGCAUACAAGAGGUCGCCACACAAUCCAGCGGAAGAAUCACUCAUAUGAUAUAAAUGCCGUCUUGCGAGUCAAAAGAAAUAAACACCGACCUUUACCUCACCACCAGCGGUCCUAUAAUAGUCCAGAUGAUAGAUUACUCCAUUAGAAAUUUGUAUGUUUGCAAAUGGAGUCAGCUCUAGAACAAAAGACUUCUCUUAGUUAGAUUUCGCCUUCACCGUGAUCUUUAACAACAAAAAUACUGCUUUUUACCUGGAAAAUUAAGUGUCUAUGUGGUUUCUGGACACCGGACGACAUUUUCUAAGUGGAGUUGCGACCAGGGACUUCAAAUGUUUAUACAAGAAAGCCAGUAGAUCACAGCAUAUGAAAUGAGUGAAAAUUUUAGUUUAUGCUUAACAGUACUUUAGUUCUCCUUUGAUCAUACUUUCUGUCUGACAGUUUACCGAAAGAUUUUAGUUGACUUUUGCCAAAUUUCUAUCUGGAGGAUGUUGCCGUUUAACUUGACUCCGAAGCUCCAAUCUGUCAAACCCGCACGAGUCUUGCUGGAUGAACGCUAGAGUGAACUCGAUAGUAAUCUGAGAUUACACCAUCGUUAUCCUUCCCAAAUAUUUCGUGGAACUGUGUAUUGAAGUAUAAAAGAUGCAUCGAUAAGUCUGCCUUUGUCUUACCUCGUCAGUGAAACGGCGUCACAACGACUGGAGGCACCGACUUUUGACUACAGUCGACAAGUUUGUAACCUUUAGGCGUAAAACGACUGAAGAAUUCACCUACCGCCUGAAUCUAGUUCUUCUGGACAUUGAGUUAACGGUGUGAGAAGGAAUGAACUAUCAUUUGAUAUUUGUAUACUGUUGGUUUUCAGAAAUAAUGAUGAGCAAAUCGAAAGUGUCAUCUGAAGGGCAACAAUUGCUAAUUCCAUUUCUUCAGACUUCCAUAAAAACCAAACAACUCAACACAAAUAUAUACCUGACAGAAUAUUAUGUUUCAGGUUCAUGUACCGUAAAGCAAAUUCAAUGACCACGACCCAACCUUCAGAAGAUGCAAAGGCUUUUUGCAAACAGUGGAUAGCCUAGUUUUAGGUGAAUACAUGCGAAUUCUUGUGGGAGCAACGAGGUCACAAAAGUACAAGCCGACCUUCAUGCCUUUCCUAGUCUAUAUGACUGAUAUAUCGGGAGACUGCUCAAGCCUAAUGAACGAAUUUUAGUUGGAGAUUGCACACGGACAGAAACCAAAGGUUUACCUAUUGUUCGCGACUUUUUAAGAUCGACUGCUUACGUUUCAAGCCGAUUGCCUUGCUUUCCUAAUCGAAUUGGAUUGUGGUGGUCAUUUGCAUUAGUAAAAUCGGUGAGCAAGUCCAGACGAAAAUUCCCCUGUAAAGAACUGCUCCCUAUUGUAUAAUUAUUACAGACUGCCUACAGUCAGGCAGUAGUAUGCACACACCGCAUGAUUAAACAUACUGACAGGGAAUUUACUACGUAAAAGCCCAGACACGUAUUCCACCGGAUUUACGUCGCUGCAUAACGCAGUUACGGAUUCGGCGUAUGGGUGAUCCUCACAGCGUCCCCCAGGUACUUUCUAAUUUGUACUCCAGUUUUAAGUGCUCAACCUUUUUGUUUCUUAAGAAAUAAAUACCAUUACAUGGAGCAGCUCUUUCUGAGCAAAAUUUUUAGUCUGGGUUCGAAAGUUCUUAUAAAUACUAAAGCUGAAAACUGAAGUACAUACCAGGAAGCUGGCUGACGACGGCUAAUAAGCCAGAAAUGGCCAUUCCAGUCUCCAUUGUCUUUGUCGGUAAUACCAUUCUGCCUAUAUAUCAUGCGCCGCUGUGCGGCUGCUGAUUGGGCUCGAGAAAGAGCCCAUAAGGCACAACGGAACGAGUGAGUUCCGUAAGAACAAUCGGUGAGUGCUCCUUACCACUCCCGAUCAGAAACCGACAGGGUAACGGGCUCGUUGCCCAGUGGUUAGAGGCGUGGAUUUUUAACAAACAGUUGGCGAGUUCGAGCCCCGGGUGUUACACACUUCGGCGUUGGGUAUGACUGGCUGAUGACGGCUAGCGCAUCAGAAAUGGACAAUAUAUUCUCCUUUGUCUUUGUCGGCAGUCAUUAUAUAUAUAUAUAUAUAUAUAUAUAUCAAUCAGGAAUGGGCGCACACCGAUCUAUUGGCUUCACAAAGCAAACAAGCUCCGUAUGUGUGGCAAAGGUCACGAACAGGCAACCAAUUACCAGGCCGAAGUCGGCCAAGUCAUAAUAGCAGCGAGGAGGGACGACAGAGAAUGCGGGUAGAUUGAUACAGCACUGUUUCGGGCUUAUUCUGCCUUCAUUCAGCCAAUCAUAACCCUGACCACCAGCAGCUGGGACCAGAAACACAAACAUGCGCACAGACAUGCGCACAAACAUGCGCCCAUUCCUGAUUGAUAAAUACCCGAUCUGCAGCGACAGAGAAUGACAGGUGGCGAGGCACUGAUGAACUUCGGUUCGAUGAAGUGCUUAUGACCCAUCUGGUAGGCCUCAGUGGUGGACCGACUGCGCCAGGUGCGUCUGUGCGCAUGUUUGUGUUUCUGGUCCCAGCUGCUAGUGGUCAGGGUUAUGAUUGGCUGAAUGAAGGCAGAAUAAGCCCGAAACAGUGCUGUAUCAAUCUACCCGCAUUCUCUGUCGUCCCUCCUCGCUGCUAUAUAUAUAUAUAUAGUCACUCAGGAAUGGGCGCACACCGAUCCAUUGGCUUCCCGAAGCAAACAAGCUUCGUAUGGGCGAUAGGGGUCACGAACAGGCAACCACCUAUAUAUAUAUAUGUCUGAGACGAGCGAUUCCUGUGAAAAUUUAAAGAGGGCUGAAUAAAACUGUACCCCUGGCAUUUCAAUUUUCUCUGCGUUUUCUCUAAAUAUACCUAUAAGUUUAAGCCCGGUGAAACUCAAAAAACCAUUUGGCGCGAUUUCCUUUUUACGGGGUCUUCCGGACGUAGGAAGAACACUGUGCACAUCCUUAAUAAACUUUGAAUUCCAUCAUUACAUUUGCAGAUGGUGGCCGCUGAUAACGGUCAUUGUGUGCAUCGUUGUCUUGUUCAUUGCUCUUUGCUGCUGCUGCUACUGCUGUCCCUGUUGCUCGGGCAUAGCCAGCUGCUUGAAGGGCAUCUUCUGUUGCUGCGGCUGCUGCGACGAUAAGGAAAAAGAGGAGAGGAAACCGCUCAAAUAA